ACUCUGUUGGCGCUUGAGGGCGGGAUAUUGAAUAGCCAUGGGUUGUGGAUCGUCUAAAGCUGCGGAUGGGCAAAAGGCGGAGCUGUCGUACGAGGGGACCGAUGCCAAGUUCCGCAUCUUGGUCAAUGACCGGCUGUUUGAAGAGAACAGCCACAUGCAGGUGGCCGAUGUCAAGGCCGUCACCGAUCUGCUCAUCAACGGGCAAAACAAGUUCACCAUAGAGGUUCAAGAGACGCUCAGUGACUCAAAGCAUGCUGGCGUCAAGCUCGAGCUGCUAGUCAAAGGCAAGAAGAAGUUUAAGAUCGAGUGCUUCCCGAACCGCAAGAACAACAACGCCACCACGAUCGAGGGCACCUAUGAGUUUGCCAAGCUUCCGGGACCAUCCGCCAAGCAGCGCGCCAAGAAGGAGAACAAGGCAAAGUCGUGAUCAAAGUGCAGCUGCUGGUGUCUGAUGUCCAGCCUUUGGCGCCUCCCUGGCAUUCGAAAUCGAAGCGAAUCACAAGAGUAGAAACCAUCUGUUGAGCUCACGUGAGAGUAGAUCUGGGGGGUAGAGGGUGUGGUGAAGUGAUAGCGACGAAGAACAGAGCUCUCUCUCCUUACAUACUUGGUCUCUCUUACAUCAACAAGCAAAUGGCUCUGAAAGUGGACAGCAUUUUCGUCGCUCGUUGAUCGUUGACACUGCC